AAAGUUAAAUGAUGGUACACCACAGGCACGUUCCCAAGAAAGGUAACGAUUGAUCCCAGUAUUUCUGAGUGUAUGCAGUAGGUUAAGGUUUUAUCUACGCAUGAAGGGUUUUAUUGUUCACUGCGCUAAUUUACUGAACUAUAUGCAUGGCUUCCCGUUACGUGCGUCCUGCGCGUGUAGGCGUGGUAGAAAUGAGGAAGUCUGCAGACUUCUUUUACCUUAGAUCAUUUCCCUCUGAUCAGAAUCGUUCUUUGAAUUCUCCCUCUCUAAGAAGUGCGUGUUUUUUUGGUGAUUUACCAGGGCCCGACUGCAUAGAGAGCGCACCGUAGAGGAACACAUGGAGGACUGUUUGAAGAGAUCGUGCCCGUGUCUCCGGUCACUAUGGGACCGAAUGUUCAAAAGCGACAAAAAGAACGAGCUCCAGAGGAAAAGUUCGAACAGCGGUCCCAUCAAAUCGGUCAGUGAUCCGGAUUCGGAGCAGCGCUACAACACGUCACCGAGCGAGUACAAAACGCAGCCUGUAGACCCGGAGCGCGCUGUUUAUAUAGCAAUAUGGGCUUUCGAAGCGCGCGACACCGACGAGCUGUCGUUCGAUGCAGGAGAUCGGUUCCGCGUCGUGGUGCGCUCGGGGGACUGGUGGACCGCCAGCAAACUGGACCCGAGCGGCUGUGUGCUCGCCACCGGAAUCGUGCCGCGCAAUUUCCUGGACCGCGCCGAAUCGGUUUCGUCGCAACCGUGGUUCUUUGGCAAAAUGAAUCGGAUUGAGUGUCUCAGUCACCUCAUGACAGGUCAAAACAAAGAUGGAGCUUUCCUGAUACGAGUAAGCGAGACUGACAAUGUGGGCCAUGUACUCUCAGUUAAGGUAAAAAACAAAGCAAAGCACUUCAAGAUCUAUUUCUCAGAGAGCAAAUUUUAUGUGGAAGAGUCCUGUAGCUUCUACAGUUUGCUGGAUCUUGUACAACACUAUCAAAGUCAUCCUCUGGCCUCUGUGGACAAACUGCAAAAGCCCUGCGUCAGGAGAAAGCCCAAGCACCAUGACCUGUCUCACAGCACAGUGGACAUGUGGGAACUUCCCAAAGAGGACUUUACUCUGGAGGACAAGCUGGGAUGUGGUUUUUUUGCUGAUGUUUAUCGAGGCAAGUGGAAGAACCAAACCUACGUGGCCAUCAAAGUUCUCAAGAACAACAAUUCUCUGAACCAGCAAACAUUUCAGAUGGAGGUUGAGGUUUUAAAACAGUUGCGUCACAACCACCUUAUCUCCCUCUUCGCAAUAUGCACUUCCUCCACCCCCUAUUACAUUAUUACUGAGUACAUGGAGAAGGGAAACCUGCAGAGUUUUCUCCGCAGUCGAGAGGGCAAUGCUUUAGACCUGGAAAUCUUGACUAACAUGGCAUGCCAGGUGGCUGAUGGGAUGACUUACCUGGAGGAUCACAAUAGUAUUCACAGAGACCUGGCAGCUCGCAAUGUUCUUGUUAGUGAAGGAUACCUGUGCAAGGUGGCUGACUUUGGUUUAGCACGAUUUAUUAAGGAACCAGUCUAUUUGUCGAAUGAUAAAAAGAUUCCAUACAAGUGGACAGCUCCUGAAGCCAUCGAACACGGCCGUUUCUCUAAUAAAUCUGAUGUCUGGUCUUUUGGCGUUCUCUUACAUGAGAUUUAUUCUCAUGGCGCAAAUCCUUAUCCAGGUAUGAGUAAUAAAGUUGUAGUUGAUGAGCUCAAACGUGGCUACAGGAUGCCUGCGCCUUCCAAAUGUCCUGACUUCAUCUACAAGAUUAUGCGGUCCUGCUGGAGCGAGCAGCCAGAGGAUCGGCCAACUUUUAAGUGGCUGAAAUCUGAGCUUCAGGAGUACAUUAACAUUUAGCUCUGUAUAUCCUGUGUGUGUAUAUAGUGUACUUAUUUUUUUGUCAGAGAAAUGUAUAGCGUAUGAUAUGGUCUUUGACAUUGUAAAGUUGUUGUGUAAAGUUUGUUUAAUCUCUUAUGGAUUUAAGACAGUAGCACACAUAUAACCCCAAUUCCAAAAAAGUUGGGAUGGUGUGUAAAAUGUAAAUAAAAACAGAACGAUUUGCAAAUCUCAUAAACCCAUAUGUUAUUCACAAUAGAACAAAGAAAACAUAUCAAAUGUUUAAACUGCAGAAGUCUACCAUUUUAAGAAAAUAAUAAGGUAAUUUUGAAUUUGAUGGCCGCAACAUGUCUCAGAAAAGUUAGUAUCAUGCCUGUUUUUAAUGCAGUGCCACCUGAGGGCCCGAAGAUCAUGGGCGUGCAAUAUUGAUUUUCACCCUUGUCCUUUGUACACAGAGAUUUCUCCAGAUUCUCGGAAUCUUUUGAUGAUAUUAUGUAUUUUGAGAAAUUUGAGAUAUUCAUAGUCUGCACAAUUUUACAUUGAGGAACAUUAUUCUGAAAUUGUUCCACAAAUUGUAGAUGCAGUUUUUCGCAGAUUGGUGAACCUCUGCCCAUCUUUACUUCUGAAAGACUCUGCCUCUCUCUUUUUAUCCCCAAUCAUGUUACUGACCUCUUGCCAAUUAACCUCCAGCUGUUUCUUUUUAGUAACAUGUAUUUUUCCAGCCUUUUGUUGCCCCGUCACAAAUUUUUUGAGAUGUGUUUCAUCAAAUUCAAAAUUUCCUCAUUAUUUUCUUAAAAUGGUACAUUUCCUCAGUUUAAACUUUUGAUAUGUUUUCUAUGUUCUGUUGUGAAUAACAUAUGGGUUUAUGAAAUUUGCAAAUCAUUGUAUUCUUUUUUUUUUUUUUUUUUUUUUUACACACAGCAUGCUAACUUUUUUGGAAUUGGGGUUAUAAAAAGUAGUAGUAUAUUAACUGUAUACAAUGUAUUAAUUGUAAUUAUAUUAAGUGUAUUAAUUGUUACACAGAUAUAAUGGUGUCAAGUACAUGAGAAGCUACUGUAAUGUUAUUGUCAAGAUGUUAAAAACCUGGACCAGUUUCAAUUUAAUUUAAUAAGCACAUAGUACCAUAAUGACAUUGUUUUCACUGUUGUGCACUAACACUGUACAUAAUAAUGAGAACAGAGUUUUGAAUGGAAGCAUAUUUCAUUACAUUCAUUAGAACACUUGAA